AUGUGGAUCAUCUCCUUCUACCUUGUCUGUACAUUACUUAUAGCCGAAUGUGUGGAAGAGGUACCGCGAGCUUCGCCAAUGCGAUUUGAACAGCAGGCUGAGAUUAGGAGAGCACCAGUGUACAAAGUUAACGGUGUCGCUCCACGUGCAAAGGGCUUCAAGAGAGUCUCGACGGGAGUACGUCGAUCUCCGAGCACAUCUAAAACGUCCAAAGCCGCAGCUCACUCACCCAGGAUGCCUCAUCCACUUUCAGCACCUGUAAUCCCGCUUCCUCACAUGCUUCCAAUGAAUCUUCCCACCGUCACUUUUCCACCAAUGAUGUCCUUACCAACGUUUCCCACAUUUGCCACUAUCGCGAUGCCCACAUUGCCGACUAUCACGAUGCCUCCAUCGUUCCAACGACUCAUGGGUAUUACCACAACCUCUUCGCCAAGAAGAGGCAAGAGCUAUGGAAGAGAUGAAGAUUUGGUGGAUAGGGGUGAGGAGAGUGAGCAACGACCGCGUAAGAAACAUACGGAAACUUACGAAAGGUGA